CGGGGCGCCGUGGCAACGGCGGCGGCGGGAUCAUGAACGCGCCUCCGGCCUUCGAGUCCUUCCUGCUCUUCGAGGGCGAGAAGAAGAUCACCAUCAACAAGGACACGAAGGUGCCCAACGCGUGUCUCUUCACCAUCAACAAGGAGGACCACACGCUGGGCAACAUCAUCAAGUCGCAGCUGCUCAAGGACCCGCAGGUCCUGUUCGCCGGCUACAAGGUGCCGCACCCGCUGGAGCACAAGAUCAUCAUCCGCGUGCAGACCACGCCCGACUACAGCCCGCAGGAGGCCUUCACCAACGCCAUCACCGACCUCAUCAGCGAGCUCUCCCUGCUCGAGGAGCGCUUCAGGGUUGCCAUCAAAGACAAGCAGGAAGGAAUUGAAUAAAAUAAUCAUAUUAGAAUGGACUUCUAAUGUAGAGUGAUAUGGCUGUUAGCUGAAUGCUUUACUUAAACCUUCAUUGUGACAAAGAUUUUCUAUGUCCCACUCAUUGAACCCACUCAUCCUCUUGAACCAGAUAGGCAAUUUAUCAAGAGGGUAAAAGUCGUGUUUGAUUCAAUGGAUAAUUCAUUAAAAUAAAUUCUUCUUUUCUAAUGGGAACGAUCAGGCAAAUGCUUUUACCAGGCUGUUGACAGGGGUAUGUGUUGGCUUAGUGACUGUACUUGCAGCCUGAGAAGCAGUGAGUGAUAGGGGUACCUGAACGCUCCUAGCACUAUCCCAUUCCCGCUUUUCU